CGCUGUCACUGCCACUGCCAUGGGGUUGUUUGGAGUUGCUUUUGGGAGUACCACAGCAAGAAAGACAAUAAAAAUUGUUUGUAUUAACAUCGCGUUCUGUUUGUAUUUUUUGGUGUUUUGUAGCUAAAUUUGUAGAUUUAACCUGAAAGUUAGACACAAUCAAAAUGGAAGACAGCGGCAUUGAUAGCGAGGAUAGGCAAUCGAAUAUCUAUGAGGAUGGGGCCGCAGGCCUGCUGAAAACGGCCAGCGGAGCACCCAAACAUAUGUCCGACCUGGAGUUCGAGGUGGCGUUCAGGGGUGCCGGCAAGGUUUAUGCCCCCACGACCAUUGAAAUCGAUGAGGAGGAGGAGGGCCAUGAGCGCAGCGAGCCACCAAACACCUGCCGCAUACUGCAACGCAAACUAGAGCUGAAGGUCGAGCGUGCCAGGCGUAAUUACACUCAAUUCCAGGAAGAGCAGACAACCAAGACACAAUCGUCCACUUUGAUACCCAUCAAUCGAUUGCCCAUACCCGGUGAGCCGGAGCACAAGCCGCUGGUCGAUUACAAGUCUGAGAGCAGCGACGAUGCGGAGGAGAUUUCCUUCUUUCCCGCACAGCUGAAGCGUGGCAAGCGUCGCCAGCAGGCGAACCACGAACUAACCGACACAUUUAGCAUACAGGAAAUGACCAUUGACUCGGACCUAGAGUCGGAUGACAGCGCGGGCACACAGAAUCUCGAGCUACUGCUGCCCUCCAUGAAGUCCACGAUUAUGGACAAGUUCCGCAGCUGCUUUGGCUGCUGGCGGCGCAGGUAAUGCCAGGAGCAGCGGCACAUCAGUCGGUUAUCAGUCAGGCACAAAUCACGUUAUUGACAGGCACUAGACAUACGACACGUAAACCUUAAUAAACUCCAUUGCCAUUGCCACUACAGAGCUGUAAACAUAGAUGUAUUUGGCAUUAGUAUAAAAGAUUUAAUAUCAACCAAAA